AUGUCUCAGGAAAGAGCCCAACGUUCUCAGUUGUCGCCAACUACCUCAAAAACAGUUCAGGAAAACGAUGAGGAGGAAGUUAAUCAAGAUGAGAUGGCAUGGUUGCAGGAGCUCCCUGCAGAGCUGGAUGAUUGCAUUGCCCAUAGAGACCUUGAUCAAGCUGUCGAGCUUGUUCAUGAAUGGAAGCAGUGUUCAACAAAGGACUCUAAUAUCGAUACACAAAUGAAAAUUCGUGAAAAUCAGAUAGUGCAACUCUUGAGCGAUGAUGUUCGCCGUCCUGGAGCGGUUCACGGGGGACCACGUGCAAUGAAGAAGGCUCGAACACUUCUUACUCAACUGGGACGAGGGACUUAUGCUAUGGAUCUCUACCUGCGAAGACGGAGUGCACUGCAGCGCGCUGCCAUCAAAGAUAUUGCGGUAUCUGAGGAACCACUGUCAUACGUUCGACAGCUGUGCACAUUAUUUUCUGGUGCU